AUGAACAGUUCUAUGUUUGAAGGAAACGAUAUCAUAAUUACCGACACAUUUUUAAGUGAUGAUGAAAAUGAAGAAGAAGUACAUAAUAUAAAAAAGAAAGCAACGAACGAAAAGAACAACUGUGUGAGGGUUAAAAAAAGUGAUAGCAUUGUUCAUGUUGCAAAUGAUGACAAUUUGAAUAGCAUUUUCACCACGAAUUACGACAAACCAAAUGAUGAAAUAUCUUCUUCAGAGGAAUCUUACCCAAUUACAAGAAAGGACAAUAAAUAUGAAGAAAUACCAAGUAAUCAGAACGAAGUGGAAGGGUUUUUCAACUUUGAGAAUUAUCUUAACGACACGAAUGGCUUAAGUGAAGAAGAGGAAAAGGGAGAACUUAGGAAAAGGAAGAGAUGUUUAAAAGGAAACAAAGCAUGGCACGAUUCGGAUGAUGAUGUUACGGGAGGGGUAGUGGAAAACUCAGAAAAUGAGAUAUCGGACAAGGAUCCGAAUGAAUUUCCCCAUAGAUUUGCUGCAGUGUCAGACAAUGAUAGUGAAGAUGGAAUUCAACUAGCCAUUGAACAGGAAGAGGACGAAGAGAAAUUAAUUAAAAAUGAACAAAGCAAAAGUUAUUUCGAAAAAUAUAUAGAAAAUAUAGAGAUAGAAACGUACGAGUCGAAGGAAAAAGAUGAUCCAUCAUCUAAUAUUAAUAUGGAGGACGUCUACAUCUUCGAUGAUAAGGAAAUGGAUGUUCAUAUAAAAAAGAAGAAAAAAAUAAAUAAAAUGAAUGAGAAAAAUAUUUUUUUGAAGUAUCAUUUACAAAAGUUUACCUUCCACCAAAUUGAAGACAAAAAAAUUAAACAGUUAGUAGGUUUGCCGAAAGCGAAAUUAAUACUAUCAGUAUACAAUUCAAAUUUGCAUUUAUUUCAGUACAAGGACAGGCAAUUAACUAUUUCGAAAAAAAUAUGUUUCAGUAAAAAUAUUAGUCAUGUGCAAGAACACAAUGGAGAUGCCUACAUCCUCUUGUAUGACAACUAUAUUAGAAAUUACAAUUUGGAAAAGGGAAUGGUUUACAAAAACAGAAUCCAUUAUGGAAACACAAAUUUUGCAGUUCCGAAGGAAAUAAAAUUUUUUGAUGAUAAUAACGAAAAGAUAGAAGAAGAGAUGAGUGAAAUUUCCAAAUGUAGUAACGACAAUCUAUACGGAAUUUCAUUCAGACAUAGUGGUAAGAUAAAUGUAUACGACACAAGAUGUUACGAUGUUGUGAAAAGUUUUGAAAUGGAUUAUAAAUAUAUUGGAAUGAGUUUUCAUAAGAAAACAAACAGCUUAUUUGGUAUUGACAAUAAGGGGAAUAUAUAUAACUGGUGUUUAAAUAGCAAUAAAUUAAUUGACAAGGUGAUGGAUAAUUAUUCAGUUUUUCCAUCUUGUUUUAAUAUAUAUGAUGAUUACUUAGUAACAGGUUCGUACAAUGGAUUUUUGAAUUUAUUUGAUGUUAAUAAUUUGAAGGAACCAAUAAAAAGUUUCAAAAAUUUGACACUUCGUGUUAGUAAUGCUAUAUUUAAUCACUCACAUAAUUGUCUUUUAUAUUACACAAAAUUGGCAAAAAAUGGAAUUAAACUAAUUGAUCUGAAGACAAAUUAUGUGUAUUGUAACGUCCCUUGGUUUAAUGUAAAUAUGAAAUAUAAUAUUCUUGCUGCUGAUUUUUUUAACAAUGGUAAUAAUCUUUGCUUUUCGGUCAAGCCCAAUUCAUUUUACUUAUAUGACAUUUUUGGAGAUACACCCUCAGGGUGCUGA